AUGGCUUGUACAUUCUUUCGCAAAUUGCUCGCAUACUUAUCCUUUGAAGAUGAGUUGGAUGUUGUUCUUAAUGACGAGUCCGAUGGACAGUCAUCGAGUCAUCGUACCAAUCGCCAACGCCGUAAGUUUAUUCGGCGUAAUCAUAUUCAAGGGCACGAGCGCCUAUUACGCGAUUAUUUUGCAGAAAAUCCAGUAUAUCCCUCGAAUCUAUUUCGAAUGAGAUUUCGCAUGAGCCGUCUCCUAUUUCUCCGUAUUCUAAAUGAGGUAGAGUCGUACGAGCCGUACUUUGUCCAAAGAAGAGAUAGUGCCGGAAGACUCGGUUUAUCUUCUAUGCAAAAGAAAACCGUAGCACUUAGAAUGCUGGCGUAUGGGGUUACUGGAGAUUUUAUGGAUGAAUACGUACGUAUUGGUGAAAGCACCGCAAUGGAGAGCCUUAAAAAAUUCUCUGAGACAAUAGUAAGUAUUUUUUCAGAUGAAUAUUUGCAGUCUCCAAAUGCCAAUGAUAUUGCUCGAUUGCUUGCGGUUGGUGAACAACGAGGAUUUUCAAGAAUGUUGGGAAGCAUUGAUUGCAUGCAUUGGAAGUGGAAAAAUUAUCCCGCAGCUUAG